AUGCGCAUCAAAACCGAUUCGCAACAACUUCCAUCAAGCCAUCAUCGAAUCACCGGUAUCGUUUGCGCCGUGUGCGGAGACACGGCUCUCGGCAAACACUACGGCGUCAAUUCGUGCAACGGAUGCAAGGGAUUCUUCCGACGGAGCAUCUGGAAGAAUCGAACGUACGCGUGCCGCUUCGGCGGCAACUGCUCGAUCGCCAAAGAGCAACGCAAUGCGUGCCGCGCGUGUCGCCUGAAGACGUGCCUUCGCGUCGGAAUGAAUCCGCGCGCGGUGCAGGGCGACAACGAAGCGUCGCCGAGCUUCUCGACGAAUCCGACGCCGUUGCAGCAGCAGCGGAACGCCGACAAUUCGCUUCUCGACGUCGAAUUCAGCAUCGGCGGCAAACGCGAAGCGGCGUGUCAGACCGACGUCGGCAACGGCCGCUUCUCACCGGAUCGCCUUCCGACCGUUGGCUCGUCGUCGUCGGUGUCAUCAAAUUCGAGCACCUCGACGUGCGCCGAGUCGACAGUUGAUCUCUACUAUCGAAUGAUUCAAACGAGCACCGAGGAUCGCCUACUCUACCGAUUGAACGAGGUGUUCACACGAGUCGACAAGGAUGUUCCAUCGCCGUCUGCCAAUGCCUACUCGUUCGAAUACGCCUUCUACAAUCCGCAUUUGAUAUGCAGUCGGACCAAGAUCGAGCCGACUGGCGAACGAGUGGCGGUGAUCGCCGAGGUUCUGCAAGACUUUCGGCGAAUCUUCGUCCUCUACACCGAUGUUCUACGCGAGUUGCCUGAGUUUGAGAAGCUCGAUCAACGCGAUAAGAUGACGUUCGCCAAAUGUCGAUUCCCAUUCUUCUAUUGGUGGCUGACGGGCUGUUGGACGGCGAUGACGGGAUGUCCGGGCGUCUGCUACGCGAAUCGCACCUAUCAUCCGCGUGAGAAGAAGUAUCAAGUGUUUCCCGACGUCAAGAAUGUGACGGGCUUGUCGAUGGACACGGUGGCGAAGCCGCUCAGCGAGAUGGCCAUCACCAACAAGGAGAUACUUAUGGGAAGUGUGUUCGCCAUCUUCUUUGAAUUUCCCCUCUAUCCGGUCGUCUCGCAAUUGAGCGCCGAGAUUCUGAACAACGCGCGCGAUCACUACCUGGCGAUGAUGUUGGCGGUGUCGCCGAAAAAUAGCGAAAUUCAGAAGGCGUCGCGACUCGCUGAUAUCGCGUUGAUCUUCUCGGCGAUUACGAAUCUCAAACAUCUCACCGCCGACAACAUCGAGCUCUCCGACGUGUUCCACGUGUUUCCCGUCGACGAUUUUCUGAGUGUCGCGUUCAAAACCGAAUCCAUGGCGACGUCGCGAUGA